GGGUGGCUGCACCCCCAGCCCCGGCCCCCGCAGCCAUCCUCACGUCAGCCAAAGUGACCUUAACGGUGACGUUCAAAGGGCCGGGGACUGAAGGCGAGAGGCAAUUUUGGUCCCCAUCCCCCUGCCCUGCUUUCCUGUUGUGGUUCGGCAAACGUGGCUCUUUGCUAAACUGGCGCCGAACUUUGGCGACAAAAACCUUCAAACCCAACGGUUUGCUGGCAGCGGAGCGGGGGGGCAGGGGUUCUGUGCGAAUAAACAGCAGAGAAGUGACAAAAUCAACAAGGCGAGGCUGACCGCAGCGCUCCUCGGCUCAGGCAGCUCCGCACCCAGCCUCCAGCUGCUGCAACGAGGCCGAGCCUCCGCGAGCCGCCUUUGCCCCGCCAGUGCCCGCCGGCUCCCCGGGGCCCUGCCCAGCCCAGAGGCACCUCGCCGCCCGCCCCGGUGCUCGUCGUGCUCCUCUCCAGAGCAGAACUGUGCCCGCACGCAUCCCCGUCCACGUGGCGCGGCCUCGUGAGGUUUGCUCCAGCCUGAAGGCCACGAGCGGCCGCGGUGCCGAGCUGCGAGAGAGGAAGAACCAGGGGACGAUGCCCGGGGCUCCUCGGGGCGAUGCGCAGGCAGACAAAGCGCAGCAGGACCCCCCCGGUGCAAUUAGGAGCUGCAAUUAAAUUCCAUUCCGCGAGCAGGAGCGGGGCGCGCGGCCCAUCGAGCACUUGCGGCGGGGGCGAAGGAGGCCGGGGCUGCGCCCGCCGCCCCGUUUCGCUUUCUAAGCUCCGUCCCCGUGCCAGGCAUCGCCUCCCUCUCUGCCUCUGCGACCCCAGGUGACAGCCAGGCUCCAGGACGUCCUCAUCCCGCUGGCUGCUGGACCCGGCCGUCGGCUUCGCCCUUCGCUGAACCCGAGCAAAACCUUCGCCUUCCCCGCAGGACGCCGCAGAGCUGCGCCUCGCGCCGCGGCACGCGGAGCCUGGGAGCCGGCCCCUGCACGGCCAGGGCAGGGCUCGGGGCUCGGGGCUGCUGUGAGACCUGAGCCCUCGUCCCACGCCCAGCAAAAAUCUCCCUUCUGCCCGCUCAAAGCUUUUUGCAGGACCCGAGAGGUGACCGAGGAGCGUGGCCAGCCCCAGCCGGAGAUGUGCAGCCUGCCCAGGGUUAUCCUGCUCCUCCUGACAGGAGCCGCCUCUGCGGAGGAGCCGCGGAUCCAGCAGAGCCCAGUGCAGCUCUGGCUGCCCCCCGGGGCGACGGCGGAGCUGAGCUGCAACAUCUCGGGCAGCCCAUGGGGCGCCAAUUGGUACAGGGAGAAGCCGGACGGCAGCUUGGAAUGGAUUUACCAGAGCACAGAGUCCUCGAAACCAAAGGGGAGAUACUCAGGGACGGUGAGAGCAUGGGAUUUUUUCUCCUUUAAUAUCAGCGAUGUGCAGCGUGAGGACUCUGGCUCUUAUUACUGCACCUCCUCCGUGUUGCACUCCCACUUCGGGGACGGGACCAGGCUCCUCGUCACAGAUGCCACCGAGCCCAAGCUCUCCAUCCUGGUGCCCGUGGACGCGGAGGAGCCCUCGGACGUUGUCCCCCUGCUGUGCCACCUCCACGACCUCCCCAGGGGCUGGGACACCGUCCGCUGGCACCACGGCAGGGACACCCCGGUGACGGCUGAGGCCGUGGACGAGCGCGGGGUCCUCGGCGCCUGGAGCCUCACCUGGGUCUCGGCCGAGCGCUGGGACGGGGCCGCGGCGUGCACGGCCACGGAGCGCGGCACGGGCAGGAACGUCAGCGGGGCUGUCAGCGGGACCGUCGGCACGGCAGGAUGCUUCCUGUGGCUGCUGGCGUUCGUGCCGCCCGGCGCUGCCGUCCUCGGGUUGAUCCGGUGGGCAUCCCGGCUCCGCCGAAGGCCGGCCCGCGCGGUGCUGAGACGGGGCCCGGAGGUGAGCUGCUUCCCCAGCCCCCGGCACGAGGCGCCGUGAGGUGGUUCUGCGCCUCGCGGGCUGGCCUCGGCUCUCAGCAAGGCAGGAGGAAGGAGCUCAAAAGCAGCCCGGCUGGGGGCUUUGGCGCGGGCAAAGCAUCCCCUGCAGGUGCAGGUGCAGCGCUGCCCCAGCGCCUUUUGCUCCGCACCCCGUCCGGCCCCGCUCUGCCUUCGCUCACGUUACGGAAGCGCUUGGGAGCAGCUGCUCCAGGGUGCACGAGUGCAAGUGCGAGCAGGGCACGGGGCACGCGCUCGUUUCUCCCCAGCCAUAGCCGGGAAGGGCUCCCCGGUGCGGGGCGAGGGUUUAACCACGCGCCUUCUGCUUUCUGUUGCAGACCGAGUGCGAGUACGCGGCGGUGGGGCGCUGAGAAGCCCUUUCCCCGCGCCCGCUCUGCCAGAACCCGCUCACGCCUGCGGUCUCCAAAGCAGCUAAAAAAAGAGAGGAAAGGGAAAGUUGUGGGAUCCUGCGCUCUGCGGCGAUGGGGACUGGGCGGGCACGGCCCCAGCGCGUGGCGAGAUCCCCGCAGGUCUUUCCUAGCCUGCUGGGCAGUGCUUUUAGCGGACAGUUUGGGUUCCUCUUCUACAAUCUUUCAAGCCAAACGCCAGGCGGACGGGGCGAGCUGGUGCUGCGGGAGCUGUGUCCGGCUGUGGUGGGGGCAGCCAGGGCACCUCAAGCAGCCCCAAACCCCUUUUGCCCCCUUCCACGCCCCCAGGAGCAGGUCCGGGUGGGCAUUGUGCCGUUUUCCUGCUGGAUUUACCUGCUUGGCUUCAUGGCAGAGGGGGAGGAGGAAUGCUGAGAGCGCUGCGGGAAGCUCGAUAGCCAUGAGAAAGCGCAUGCAAAUAAUAAAACUCAUGAUUUCUUGGUAAGCAAGCGAGGUCUCGGCUUCAUUGGGAUUGCUCUUUGCGCUACCCUGUGUGACAGCCACGGGGAGCUGCUGUUAAACAGGGCAAAAAAA